AUGGACAACUCGAGAUCUUCAGCGCACCACGGCGCUAUGCUUCUCGGCGGUAACCGUUUCAUCGACAGCAAGACCAAGCGCUUCGACCUGGGCGGCUUCGAGCCUACCAAGGUCACCCUCGCAAAGAGAGAGGAACGACAGAAGGCGGAACAAGAGAAGGCGGAGCGAAAGAAAGCAGCGGCGAAAGAGGCGGAGAAGGUGGUAGUGAAGAAUGCGAACCCUACCGUCCCUAAGGUCAACGAGCAAUACCCGCCGUUUCGUCUUACAGAAGUGGAGAGGAAGAAGCUGGUUCCCGACGGCCCCAGGGGUGACGAGCAGUACGUGCCGCUCCGUCCUGGAGAGUCGCUGUGGGAUCCGAACAUGGAUCCACGUCGUUUCAGCAACAUCUUGGGGGGCUGGGGUAAACCGCCUGGAAAAUGGGGGCGCAACAAGUAA